CAUUACCUUUCUUCUUCCUCUUCACGUUCCAGUCUUCUUCCUCACUGCAACUACUGCUGCCGAAGCUGAGCGUUGAGGCAUCAACCAUUAUCGCCACCGGACCUUAGCCUUUUGAUGGCGGCGGAUGGUGAAUCUUCGUCGUCUUCAUUCGGAUUGAUGGAGAGGAGAGGAAUUCCGGCGGCGGUAUUUGUGGAAGAUGUUCGGGCGUAUCUGGCAGAUUCCGGUCUUGAGGUCAACUCCGCUCUAGCCUUCCUCCAAGAAAGACUUCAGCAAUACAGAGUGGUUGAAAUGAAACUUCUGGCUCAGCAGAGAGAUCUUCAGGCAAAGAUUCCCGACAUUGAGAAAUGCUUAGAUAUUGUUGCCGCUUUGCAAGCUAAGAAAGCCGCCAGAGAGGCUCUAAUUGCAGAUUUUGAAGUGUCAGAGGGCAUUUAUUCUCGGGCUCGCAUUGAAGAUACAGAUUCUGUAUGUUUGUGGUUAGGAGCAAAUGUCAUGCUGGAGUAUUCUUUUGAUGAGGCUACUUCUCUUCUUCAGAAGAACUUGGAGAAUGCAAAAGCUAGCUUGGAGGUUCUUGUAGGGGACCUCCAAUUUUUGAGGGACCAAGUGACAAUUUCUCAGGUCAUGACUGCUCGGAUAUACAACUGGGACGUACACCAACGUAGACUCAGACAAGCUUCUGUGCCCCAAGAGUCAUGAGUGGAGAUGUAAUGCUAUCGGUGUGAUGAAAACAAAUGUCGGUACUCACUUUUUUCUCACUUAGCAAUUUGUUCCCGGCUCACUUGAUUUUCCCAAUUUGCAUCGUGCAAUCUUAAUCUCUACUUGAAAUUCGACUGUGUAAAAUAUGGUUUUUUUUGUUGGUGAAAGAAUUGUUAGACACGACCAGAUCAAAGCAAAGUAGAAUAUUUUAUUGAUGUGUACCAUUACAGGAUUCAUUGUGUUGUCUAAUAUAAAUAGAGAACAAACCAACACAACUCUUACUAACCAACACACCUAUUAACAUUAGAAACUACCCAUAGCUGCCUUUUAGAAACUACCCAACUGUUUUUUAUUCAAAUUAAUUAAAUAUGUAAAACACACUAAAUGACACCAUACUAACCGACUCAAAUAUUGACCCAUUACCCAUUCGGUUAUAGGUCUCCAAGUGCAUGAUAUAAAGUAGUUACAUAUGCAUCCGAAGAAUGCAUAGAGAAAAUCCUUGUGACCAAAAGUGUUGGAACAGAAAAGAAGGUUUGCACUUACAUCUUAAGUGAGCGGGCUAUACUACGGCGCAGGCAGAGGAGGUGUGGUGGCGGGCGGCGCAUGUGUGGCCGUGGCAGCAACUCUUGACGGACCGUCCGUGGGUGGGUGGCAGUGGAGUGGCGGAGCCAGGACGCAACGCCAGUGGGGUCCAUCCUUAUAGUAGCUGCAGGAGACGUAAAAAUAUAAAUUGGUCUCACUGGUAUUUUGUCAAACACAUUGGGUGCAAGAAAGAUUGACAAAUGUU